CAUCAGAAUAUGAUGAAUAUCCCAUUCCCAUUGCUGUCUUGCUCGCUUACGAGAGGUCCGAGUUUAGUGGAGCGAUAAAUGAUUCUGUUGUUGAAUUGAAACAUCUGAAUUACUUGGACUUGAGCGGUAAUAGUUUUGGAGAUUGGAAAUCUCUCUAAUUUGCUCCAUCUUGACCUCUCAUUUGCUAUUAAUGGAACCAUUCCACAUCAAAUUGGCAAUCUCACCAAUUUAAUCCAUCUUGGCCUCCAAAGUGAUUAUCAUGGUAACUCAUUGGUUGUUGAAAAUGCUGAUUGGCUUUUGGGUCUUACCUCCCUUGAAUAUCUUGAUUUGAGGGGUGCUAACCUAUCCAAAUCAUUUAAUUGGCUACACACUAUGCAAGCUCUCCCUUCUUUGCAAGACUUAAACUUACAAGCUUGUACUUUCGGUGAUUAUAAGCAACCAUCCAAACUUAACUUUUCGUCCCUGCUUUCUCUCACCAUUUCUGUUGCUCCCAAGUGGGUCUUUCAGUUGCACAAACUUGUUUCUCUUACAUGCACUUCAAAUUAUUAUAGCUCGUCUGAUAUUGGAGGUCCAAUUCCCGAUGGUAUUCAAAACCUUACCAUGCUUGAAAAUCUUGAUUUGUCAUACCAUUCAUUCUCAUCCCAUAUACCAGAUUGGUUAUACGGUCUUCGUCGUCUCAAAUCUUUGAAUUUAGGAGGUAACCAUCUGACUGGGACUGUUUCUAAUGCUAUGGGGAAUUUGACUUCUCUUGUUAGCCUUGAUUUGUCAUACAAUCAGUUUGAAGGAGCAAUACCAUCCUCUUUUAGAAAGCUAUGCAAUUUGAGACACAUCUCUUUCUCAAAUCUCAAAUGCAAUCAACAACUUUCUCAAAUCUUACAAAUUCUUUCUCAAGAACUCAAGACUCUUGUGGCUUCUACUUCACAAAUCUCAGGUCACCUCACCAAUCAACUUGAAAUGUUUCAAAAUCUUGAAAAGCUUGAUCUCUCCAGCAACAACAUUAUUGGAGAACUUCCUCAAUCAUUCACAAAGCUUUCCUCAUUAAGAUUUGUCGAUUUCUCCGAAAAUCAUCUUACUGGAAAUCCAUUUAAAAUUCUUGCAUCAUUUACUAAAUUGUUAUAUCUUGCCAUAGAUGACAAUUUAUUUCAAGGGAUUGUACAUGAAGAUGACCUUGCCAAUUUCACUACUUUACAAGUCCUUUCAGCAUCAAGUAACAAUUUCACUUUAAAAGUGCAUCCCAGUUGGAAACCAAAAUUUCAACUUUCUCACCUGAAAAUGAGCUCGUGGAAGUUAGGUCCAAGCUUUCCAUCAUGGAUUCAGUCACAAAAUUAUCUUCAAUAUUUGGAUCUAUCUAAGGCUGGGAUUUCUGAUUCCAUUCCCAUUUGGUUUUGGGAAACAAGCCAUGAUUAUGAUUGUUUGAACUUUUCUCACAAUCAUAUCCAUGGCAAGCUCCCAAAAGAAGCAAAGAUUUUCAAAUCUGUUGGAGCAGUUGAUCUUAGCUCAAACCAUCUUGAUGGAAAUUUACCCUUUGUGAGUGAGUAUAUGGUUUCGCUAGAUCUCUCACAUAAUUCAUUUUAUGGGUUAUUAAUGGAUUCUCUUUGUCAAAAAUCUGACAUACCAAAAAGCUUAGGAAUCCUCAAUCUUGCAUCAAACAACUUAUCUGGAAAAAUUCCCAACUGUUGGAGGAUGUGGCCACAACUAGAGGAUGUCAACUUAGAAAGCAACUAUUUUAUUGGAAGCUUGCCUGCUUCCAUGGGCUCUUUAUCAAGCCUACGAUAUUUGCGUAUACGAAACAACACACUCUCUGGAAAAUUUCCUGUCAGUUUAAAGGAAAACAAGGAGUUGAUUUUGUUGGAUCUUGGAGAAAAUAACCUCACAGGGAAUAUUCCUAGAUGGGUUGGAGAAAGCUUGGUAAAUUUAAAAUUUCUUCGGCUCCGAUCCAAUCAUCUUUCAGGUAACAUUCCCAACGGAUUAUGUGAUAUGAAGUUUCUCCAAGUUUUGGACCUUGCACUAAAUAAUUUGUCAGGCAAUAUACCAUACUGUAUGAACCAUUUGAGUGCCAUGAUAAAUAAAACUAGUGCAAGUUCAUCCUUCCAGGAAUACAUAGGAGCUGGAAGUGAUACUGUUAGCAUGUUCCUAUGGGUGAAAGGAAAUGAUGCUGAGUACAACAACAUUCUGGGCUUAGUGAAAAACAUUGAUCUUUCAUCUAAUAAAUUGUCGGGGGGAAUACCAAUGGAAAUCACAAAUCUAACUGGUCUGAUUUAUUUGAACUUGUCCAACAAUGAGUUAACUGGUCACAUCCCUCAAAGUAUUGGCAAUAUGGAGUCAUUGGAAUCCAUUGAUUUCUCAGGCAACCAACUCACAGGGGAGAUCCCGCAAAGCAUCACAAACUUGAACUUCCUGAACAAGCUAGACUUGUCCUACAAUCACCUGGAGGGCAAAAUCCCAACGGGCACUCAGUUGCAAAGCUUUGAUGCAUCCAGUUUUGUAGGCAACAAGCUUUGUGGUCCACCAUUGCUGCUCAACUGUACCAUGGAGGGGCAAGUUCCUGAUGACAAUGAAAAAGAGAGAAAGAAUCAUGGAGUGAAGUGGUUAUUUGUGAGUGUGGCCUUUGGAUUUAUAGUGGGAUUUUGGGGAUUUGUUGGUCCAUUGUUCAUAUACAAAUCAUGGAGGUAUGCCUAUUACCGUUUCCUUGAUGACGUGUGGUACAAACUUCAAUCAUGUAUGUGACUUUAUGUUUCUCAUGUUUUAAUUUUCUGGUUUUUCAUUUGUGUGUAUGUCAUGAGUUUGUAAUGUUUUCUUUUUUUUUUC